AUGUUGAUAACAAACUAAAAAUUACAAACAAAUACACUAAAUAAUAUUUAAUAGUUAAUGAAAUUUAUGAUUUUGAUAAUUAUUCAUUUAAUAUUAAAUAUAACUUUCCUUUGUUUCUUUGUUUUGGACAAGAGUAUGAUGUUUCUUAAUGUAACCAUGUCUGUUAAGAUUCCUCUAACAAUAAAAGAUUUGUAUUCCUUGGAUGCAAAUACCCAUUUUAUUUUGAUCAGAAUAAAUAUAAUUGCAUUUAAUUUUGUCCUUGUAGAAGAUAUGAAAACUAAAAUAAUACCUUUCUUGCGCUUAUAAAUUUUUUUCAAGCUUCUCAACUACUAAAUGCUAUUAAUGCUAACCUCGAUACUAAGUGAACCCAUAGGAUAAAGAUGCACACGAAUUGCUAAGAUGGUUAAUAUUUACAAAAUGGAGAAAGCGUAUAUGAAUCCAGCAUCUCUUUAUUAUCUUAUAUUCCUGCAACUUAAGUGGUUGGUCAAAUAUCAUUCUUUAGCUCAUCCAUCAGUCAAGAUAGAAACAGACAUAUAAUUUAUGUUUUUUGUUGCUUUUUUAAUUUAAAUAACCAUUCAAUAAUAUACUUAAAUGAAUUAAGAUAUAAUCAAAAUGAAAUUAAUAAUGUCAAUAAAAUUUUUUUCUUAAAAGAAAGAGGAAAAAAAAUUUUUAUUAAAAAAGAUCAACAAAAAAACAAAAGAGUAAAAAUGCUUUUCUUUUAAAUCAGUGAAUUAGCAAAAUAAAUUUAAAUGA